ACCGGCUGCUAGCAGAGCUUGAAUUGUAUAUCUCUCUCUCCCGUCUCCAGACCUCUCGCCUUGUUCUUCUGGCUCGAUCUGGCUCCAUAAAAGAGGAGGCUCUGCACCCGGCAGUCUCCUCCUUCCCUUUGCAACCUCGAACAAUCUCUUGAUUGCUUAUGGCCGGAAGCGGGAGCUCGCCGUGCGCGUCGUGCAAGCUGCUGCGGCGGCGGUGCACGCAGGAGUGCGUGUUCGCGCCCUACUUCCCUGCUGAGGACCCCCAUAAGUUCGGCAUCGUCCACAAGGUCUUCGGCGCCAGCAAUGUCAGCAAGAUGCUGCAGCAUCCCUUCCUUGUUUCAUUCAUACAGGAGCUGCCUGCCCGGCAGAGAGCGGACGCGGUGAGCAGCCUGGUGUACGAGGCCAACGCGCGCAUGAGGGACCCCGUCUAUGGCUGCGUCGGCGCCAUCUCCUACCUCCAGCAGCAGGUCUCCCAGCUCCAGAUGCAGCUCGCCCUCGCGCAGGCCGAUAUCCUCUGCGUCCAGAUGCACCACGACGGCCAUGCACAGUCACCUGCCGCCGCGCCAGCAUCGGCAAAACAACAACUUGAGCAGCAGCAGCAGAUGGAUGCCGAGGCUUAUGGUAGCCUGCUCAUGCAAAAUGGCCUGAUGAACAGCACUGCCGCUCAUCAUCAUCAUCAGCAGCAGCAGCAGUCGUUGGGUUCCGGGGCGAGCACCGCAACUGCAAUGAUGCUGCAGGAGGCGUGCCUCAAGAAAGAGUACAUAUGGGCAUGAAAUAUGUACUUCCAUUUGUCGAUAAGAAUUGUACGUCUCUAUUUCUGUCCGCUUCUGUAAUAAUUUUCCGAAAAGAUGAGAAAUUAAGAAAAGAGCUAAUUAUA